AUGAGCAGCCCGUGUCUGUUCCCUGCCAUGCCUGUGAGCCAGAGCCAGAUCUGUGAAGUAAAACUCAGCUUAAAGACCAGCAAAGAGGCCAAUACUAUUCACCCUCAUGCCUACUCAAUGGGGAAAGAGCUCACCAUUCGUGUCAGCACUCCAGCCUCUCGAAGCAGGAGCACACCACCUGUGUCAAGAGCCCAGCAAAAUGCCAAGAAAACACAACCCAAGACAAAAAUCAAUGGACCUACCACACUGGAACCCAAGCAUUUGCCUAAGAGGAAUGGUACCUUACUGCGCAUUUCACCAACCACAGCCUCCGUCACCCCCACUUCUUCUUCCUCAUCUUCUUCCUCCUCGUCCACCGGUACCUCUAAAGUGGCACAGCCUGCACCACCUAAAAAACUUCCUUCAUCAUCAUCUUUUUCCUCUCAGAACUUGAAACGCACUCGCUGGCUUAGCUAUAGUGCCUCUAGCAUCUGCUUCAACUCCAUCUUAGAUGGACGGUUCAGACAGCUUCAAGAUGAGCGAGAAGCUGUGCAAAAGAAGACCUUCACAAAAUGGGUAAACUCUAUCCUGGCCAGAGUCAGCUGUCGGAUUUCAGACCUCUAUCUAGACCUGCGAGAUGGGAGGAUGCUCAUCAAACUACUGGAGGUUCUGUCAGGUGAAAGGCUGCCAAGGCCAACUAAGGGCCGAAUGAGGAUCCACUGUCUGGAGAAUGUAGACAAGGCCCUGCAGUUUCUAAGGGAGCAGAGGGUGCACUUGGAAAACAUGGGAUCACAUGAUAUUGUAGAUGGCAAUCACCGCCUUAUACUGGGACUCAUCUGGACGAUCAUUCUUCGCUUCCAGAUUCAAGACAUUGUGGUAGAAGUAGGACAGGCUGAUGUGACUGGUAAACAGGAGACACGCUCAGCUAAAGAUGCCCUUCUCCUCUGGUGUCAAAUGAAGACUGCUGGGUACCCGAAUGUAAAUAUUACUAAUUUCACCACAAGCUGGAAGGAUGGUUUGGCAUUUAAUGCACUUAUACACAAGCACAGGCCUGAUCUGGUAGACUAUGGUAGCCUGCAGAGAUCCAACCCAACUCACAAUCUGCAAAGGGCUUUCAAUGUGGCUGAGCAAAAACUUGGAGUCACUAAGCUACUGGACCCAGAGGAUGUGUUCACUGAGAAUCCAGAUGAGAAGUCUAUCAUCACAUAUGUCGUUGCCUUCUACCAUUAUUUCUCUAAAAUGAAGGCUCUGGCAGUUGAAGGCAAGCGUGUUGGAAAGGUUCUGGAUCAUGCUAUUGAAACAGAAAAGAUGAUUGAAAAGUACGAGACCCUUUCCUCAGACCUGUUAACAUGGAUUGAACAGACCAUUAUUAUCCUGAACAACCGCAAACUUGCAAACUCUCUCACUGGAGUCCAGCAACAACUUCAAGCCUUUAACUCAUAUCGUACAGUGGAGAAGCCUCCAAAAUUUCAGGAGAAGGGCAAUCUGGAGAUACUGCUCUUUACAAUCCAGAGCAGGAUGAGGGCCAACAAUCAGAAGGUUUACACCCCUAAAGAGGGUGCAUUGGUGGCAGACAUCAAUCGGGCAUGGGAGCGGUUGGAGAAGGCUGAACAUGAAAGAGAGCGGGUACUGAGAGAUGAGCUUAUCAGGCAGGAAAAGCUUGAGCAAAUGGCUCGUCGCUUUGACAGAAAGGCCGCCAUGAGAGAAACCUGGCUUUUGGAGAACCAGAGACUUGUAUCACAGGACAAUUUUGGGUAUGAUCUACCAGCAGUAGAGGCAGCAAAGAAGAAGCAUGAUGCCAUAGAGACAGAUAUUGCUGCAUAUGAAGAGCGAGUACAAGCUCUGGUGGCGUUGUCUAAAGAGCUGGAGACAGAGCGAUACCAUGAUGCUAAACGGAUUCAUGCAAAAAAAGACAACAUCCUGAGACUCUGGGACUACCUUCAGGAGCUGCUAAGCGCUCGUAGAGGCCGCCUGGAGAAAAAUCUGACCUUGCAGAGAAUUUUUCAGGAGAUGCUUUACAUCAUUAAUUGGAUGGAUGAGAUGAAGGCACGUCUCCUGUCUCCUGAUUUUGGAAAGCAUUUGUUGGAGGUGGAGGACCUUCUGCAGAAGCAUGCUUUAAUUGAGGCAGACAUUGCUGUGCAAGCAGAGAGAGUCAGGUCUACAAAUGAAGCCGCACUUCAGUUUGCAAAUGGAGACAGUUACAAACCUUGUGACCCCCAAGUUAUUCGAGACAGGGUACAGCACUUAGACCUGUGUUAUCAGGAGCUGUGUGCACUCGCAGCGCAACGCAAGGCCCGUCUGGAACAAUCCCGUCGUAUCUGGAACUUCUUUUGGGAGAUGGCAGAACUAGAGAGCUGGAUCCGAGAGAAAGAACACAUAUUUUCCUCUCUCGACUAUGGCAAGGAUCUGACCAGUGUACUGGUACUGCAGAGUAAACACAGUGCGUUUGAAGAUGAGCUGGGGGCUCGGCGCAACCACCUGAAACAGGUGAUGGACGAAGGGGAAAAGAUGGUACAGGCCAAGCAUUUUGGUGCUCCUAAGGUGCAGCAGCGCAUGGAUCAUAUUCAGAGUCAAUGGCAGCAGUUGGAGGAGCUGGCUGCUUUCCGCAAACAGAACCUCCAGGACACCCAACAUUUCUUCCAGUUCCAGGGUGAUGCUGAUGACCUUAAGGCCUGGUUACUGGAUGCCAUUCAGUACAUGAGCGUUGAAGAUGUUGGCCAUGAUGAGUACACCACACAGAGGUUGCUUAAGAAGCAUCGCUCCUUAAGAGAUGAAGCAGCUAAGAAUGGAGCUACCAUCGAUGCUCUAACCAAGCAGGCCAAUUCACUGCCCGAGGAGCUUAAGAACACACCCGACAUUCAAAGACGCCUAAAGGACAUUAAAGAUCUGUACUUGGAGCUUCUGUCUCUCUCAGAGCUUAGGCAGAAGAAGCUAGAGGACACUAUGGCACUGUAUACUAUUUUCAGUGAAACAGAUGCCUGUGAACUCUGGAUGGGGCAGAAAGAGACAUGGCUGGUGGACUUAGAGACACCAAAGACGUUAGAAGACCUAGAGGUUGUUCAGAAUAGGUUAAGCAUCCUCUCUCAAGAAAUGGACAACUUGCAGACACGGGUGGACAAUGUCAACAAAACAGCCAAGCAGUUAGAGGAAAGCAGACACCCACGAUCAAAAGAGGUGAAGGACUGUCAGACUCGUCUGAACAAAAGAUGGAAAGCAUUCAAGGCUAUGGUGGAAGAUAAGAAGCAUAAGGUGGAUUCAGCACUAAGUCUACACAAUUAUGGACUUGAGUGUGAUGAGACAGGGGCAUGGAUCAAAGACAAGACACGAAUUGUUGAAUCCACACAUGAACUUGGAAACGACCUGGCUGCAGUCAUAACUAUCCAAAGGAAACUUUAUGGAAUGGAAAGAGACUUGGCUGCUAUUCAAGAUAAGUUGGACUUUUUAAAUGGUGAGGCCCAAAAGCUUGUAAAGGACCACCCCGAGAAUGCCGCUGACAUCCUGGCUCGACAAGCAGAGCUAAACUCAGCUUGGGACACUUUAAAGAAAACUUUAAAGGACAGAGAGGACUCUCUGGGUGAAGUCAGCAAGCUGCAGAACUUCCUACAGAACAUGGAUGACUUUCAGGCCUGGCUUUUCAGAACACAGAAAGCCACUGCUUCUGAGGAGAUGCCAACAAGCCUACCAGAGGCAGAGGGACUCCUGAGCCUCCAUGAUGCACUAAAAGUAGAUAUGGAUAGCCAUGAGGAGGACUACCACCGCAUAAGAGACACUGGAGCAGCUGUCACUCAGAGCCAUGAGGAUGAUCCACAGUACCAAGAGCUGGACCAGAGAUUAAAGGGGUUAGACAAGGGUUGGAAUGAGCUGCAGAAAAUGUGGGACAGCCGGAAUAACUUCCUAGACCAAGGCCUUGGAUUUCAGCAGUUCUCAAGGGAUGCAAAGCAAGCAGAAACCAUCCUCAACAACCAGGAGUACACUUUGGCACACCUGGACCUGCCUGACACUCUUGCUGGAGCAGAGAAAGCCUUAAAGAAGCAUGAGGACUUUGUUACCACCAUGGAAGCUAAUGAGGACAAAAUAGUAAACACUCUAGAGGGAGGUCAGAGGCUGGUGGAGAGCGGAAACCUGUACUCACCAAAAGUUGAAGACAAAAUGAACUCCAUUAGAGACAGAUAUGAGAAGAACCAAGGCAAAGCACAGCAAGUCUCCCAGAAACUCAUAGAUAACAAAGACUUGCAGCACUUUCUACAGAACACACAGGAUCUUACUCUGUGGAUAAACGAGAAGAUGCUGACUGCUCAAGACACCUCAUAUGAUGAGGCUCGCAACCUUCACAGCAAAUGGCAGAAACACCAAGCCUUCAUGGCUGAACUGGCUUCCAAUAAGGACUGGCUGAAUAAAAUUGACCAGGAGGGGGAAGAGUUGAUGGCAUCCAAGCCAGAAUUUGAACCCAUUGUAAAAGACCGUCUGGCUAAACUUCAUGAGCUGUGGGACAAACUGGAACGCACCACAGAGGAGAAAGCCCGACUCUUGUUUGACGCUAAUCGAUCAGAACUGUUAGACCAGAGUUUGACUGAUUUGAAGAAGUGGCUAGCCAACCUACAACACCAGAUCCAGGGUGAUGUGGAUGAAGAGGUUAAAGAUCUCACCAGUGCUAAUAUUCUUCUCAAAAAGCAUCAGAUGACAGAGAAUCAGGUGCAAGAUCGAGCACGGGAGCUGGAGGAGCUACAGGAGGCUGUGCAGCAACACAGUACGGUAAAAGAGGACAAGCCUGAGCUGAAAGUCGAGCAGCAGACCCUACAGAAGGAAUUUCAGCAGCUCCUCACACCUCUUGCCCAACGCAAAGGAAAACUGGAGGCAGCCAAAUCAGUCUAUCAGUUCUACAGAGAUGUGGCAGAUGAAAUACUUUGGCUUGAGGAGAGACUGCCCAUGGCCAUGUCACAGGAUCAUGGAAACAAUCUUCAAACUGUUCAGCUUCUUCUGAAGAAAAACCAAACUCUGCAAAAGGAGAUUGAGGGUCACCAGCCGCGCGUGGAUGAGGUGCUGGAGCGUGGGCGACGUAUGGUGGCAGAAGCAGAGGGCAGCCCUGAGGCUAAGUCUAUGUCUGAUGAAAUUAUGAAAUUGGAAGAGGUUUGGGCAAGACUUCACGAUGAGAUGGCUAAGCGACGUGCACGACUUAUUGCCUCUAAUGAAGCCCAGCAAUACUACAAUGAUGCAGAUGAAGCAGAGGCCUGGAUUGGUGAACAGGAACUUUACAUGAUUGCUGAUGAGAAGGCAAAGGAUGAGCAGAGUGCUAUGAUUUUGCUGAAGCGGCACUUAAUUCUAAAGCAGGUGGUUGAUGACUAUGCACAUUCCAUCCAGAAGCUAGCUGACCGUGCUCAGAAAAUGUUAGCUGAGGAACAUCCUGAAGGAGAGGCGAUCAUCCGAAGACAAGGUCAGGUAGACAAGCAGUUUGCCGGAUUAAGAGAUUUGGCUGAGGACCGCAGAAAGAAACUUGAUCACACCUAUCAUCACUUCCUCCUGAGCAGGGAGGUGGAAGAUCUGGAGCAGUGGAUUGCUGAGCGUGAUGUGGUGGCGUCCUCACAGGAGAUGGGCCAGGACCUUGAUCAUGUCACGUUCUUACGGGAUAAAUUCAGAGAUUUUGCAAGAGAGACUGGCACUGUGGGACAGAAGCGGGUGGAUGCUGUGAAUCAGAUUAUUUUUGAGCUGAUCGAGGCUGGUCACGCUGAAUCAGCUACUCUGGCUGAAUGGAAGGAUGGAAUUAAUGAGAGCUGGGCAGAUCUUUUGGAGCUGAUUGACACCCGCACACAGCUACUCAAUUCUUCUUAUGACCUAUUCAAGUACUUCUAUGAUGGAAAGGAGUUGGUAGCACAAAUCCAGGAAAAACAAAAUGAGCUUCCUGAAGAUCUUGGAGAGGAUUUCAGCAAAGCAGAGUCUUUCCAUCGCAUGCAUGCUGCCUUUGAGAGGGACAUCAGCUCCCUUGGAAAACAGGUGCAAGAUUUUCAGGCAACUGCAGGUCGUCUCCAUGCCCAGUACGCUGGGGAACAAGCUGAUGCUAUAAAGGCAACAGAGAAUGAAGUGAUAGAUGCCUGGAAAGGCCUUUUGGCUGCCUGUGAGGGCAGACGAAAGCAGCUAGAGGAAACAGCAAACAAGUUCCGAUUCUUCACCAUGGUUAGAGAUCUAAUGGCCUGGAUGGAAAGCAUCAUUCAGCAGAUAGAGACUCAGGAAAAACCAAGGGAUGUGUCAUCAGUGGAGUUACUAAUGAAAUAUCACCAGGGGAUUCGUGCAGAGAUUGAGACUCGUGGGCCGAAGUUUAAUACAUGUGUGGAGCUAGGACAGACUCUCCUGGCACAGAAGCAUAAAGACUCAGACGAGAUCAAUAAGAAGUUAUUUCAGCUGAAAGAGAAGAGAAAGGACAUGAUGCUUAAGUGGGCUGACAGAUGGGACUGGCUUAGGCUGUUGUUGGAGGUGUGUCAGUUUGCCCGGGAUGCAUCUGUAGCAGAAGCAUGGCUAAUAGCACAAGAGCCGUAUGUGGCCAGUAAAGACCUGGGUGAAACCGUGGAUGAGGUUGAGAAGCUGCUUAAGAGACAUGAGGCCUUUGAGAAGUCCACUGCCACAUGGGAGGAGAGGUUCUCUGCACUGGAGCGGCUCACAACACUUGAGCUGCUUGAAAUCAGAAAGACACAACUAGAAAUGCAGCAGUAUAUACAGGAACAGGAGAAGGACAGCAGGAGAGAAGACACUGGUUUUGCUGAGGAGUCCUCACAGCUGGAUACAGUAGAGGAACAUUCCUUGUCUGGCAUGGCUGCACCUGAACCCAGCUCAGACCAUGCCAAUGGUACUACAGCAGAUUCAGGCGUCCCCACUGUUUCAGAGAUUCAGGAAAGUGUCUCCAUGGAACUGGAUCCCUCAGCUCCCACCCAGGUCACUCAGGAGGCAGAGCAGGCUGCCUCUAUACCAGAGAAGCCUUCACAGACUCAGGCACCCCUGCUGGAGGGAACCCUAGCCCGGAAACAUGAGAUGGAGGGACCCAAUAAAAAGGCAGCUAACAGGUCCUGGAACAACAUUUACUGUGUUUUGAGAUCUGGACAGCUCUCAGCCUACAAGGAUGCAAAGAGCUUCAGACAUGGUGUUUCAUACCACAAUGAAGACCCACUGUCUCUAAGCAAUGGUGUUUGUCAGGUGCUGACCAAUUAUAAGAAAAAGAAACAAGUGUUUAAACUGAGGCUUACAGAUGGCAGUGAGUAUCUGUUUCAGUGUAAAGAUGAGGAAGAACUGCAGAUUUGGACUCAGGCCUUAGAGAAGGCAGGCCUACCUGUGUUAGAAGAGUCAGUCGCAGGGCCUUCAGAGCCUUCUUCCCAAAGCCUGCCUCCACCCUCUUCCUCCACCAUCCCAGAAGCUCCCUCUUCCAAAAAGGAUAAAGAAAAGAGGUUUAGUUUAUUUACAAAAAAGAAGUGAAAGAGCCAUGACAAGCCAGUAAACAUAGAGGACACAAUGUUAUUGAAGGAAUUUUAAAAUAUUAUAAUGAAUCCUUUUUUUUUCUUCUUUACGUUUUAUUAGUAUUUCAAUUUAAACUCCUGCCUGUAAGUAAGCCAAUGAAAUUAUAUCAUAUUUUAAUUAAAGUACAUAAAUGCUGUUUUCA